GUAAAUGUUUAGAAUUAAUAUUGUGAAGGGACCAAGGGUAAGGACGUCGUUUCAGCUCCAAAAUUGAAUCUACUUCAUACUUCUUCUUUGAGCCGGGUUUGUGGGUCGAGACACCAGAGGUGGUUCAUUGUUGGAGCUGGACGUCUAAUGUGCAAGGGAAGGACGUCGAAGGUGGUUGGAGCUAAAGGAUCGCGAGGUCGAUGUUGCUGAUUUCUACCCGACGUCACCCUAUUUCCAUCUAUCCUUGCUGGUGCUAGAGUCGGAGAAUAUGCUUCUUAGAUUUGUUUGUGCUCGCCGAGAUGGAGGGAGAGUCGUCGUCAGUAAUUACCUAUCGAGCUUGCUGGUGACCGUCGAAGAAGAAGAUCCGGGUCGGGUCACCUAUCGCGACUGUGAUGCAGCCAUGGCGAGGAGGGGCAGGCCGAAGGCGAAUCAUAAGACCAGCGAAGAUAUGAUACCAAAUUCUGAUAAAAUCAUCAACAACGAUGAAGCGAACUCACACCUCGUUAAUCAAGACGGGGAGCAGAAACAGUCAGAGCCUACUCAGGAUAUGGAUGAAGUAACCCUAAAUCAACUCGAGGAUGAAGUCGAAGAGAGGAUGAAUAGAGAAAUACAGGAUGAGAAGAAAUCAUAUGCAGAGGCUGUAGGCAACCCUGAAAUUGUUGAUUGCUCUCUAUCUUUUAUUGAAGCUGAGAAUCUGAAUGGGGUUAGAAUAGCAAAAUUGACAAGUGAGGAUAUUAUUGAAGAGUGCACAUAUUGGGAUGCUGCUGCCCUGGUAUAUGUGUUGGGUGCCAACCCCCCACUUUCCGUGAUGGAAGGGUACAUUGGGAGAAUAUGGAAGGCUUAUCAGAUAGAGGAAAUAAAUUUCCUUAAACCUGGACAGUAUGUGGUUAGGUUUCAGAAGGAAAAUGAAAGAGAUGAAGCAAUAGACAAAAAAUUUUACCAUUUUGACAACAAACCAGUUUGUGUCAGAAAAUGGAAGCCUGGUUGCUCAGUGGAUUUGAACGAGCUUGAAGAUAUCUCAAUUUGGAUCCAGUUCCCAGAUCUGGAAAUCAAAUAUUGGAGUCUGUCAGGUCUUAGCAGACUUGGAAGCCUCCUGGGGAAACCAAUUAGAACAGACAGGGCAACAGCAAAAAGAACUAAGUUGGAUUUUGCCAGGAUGAUGGUUGCAGUCAAGAUGAAACAGGAAUUUCCAGAGUCUAUCAUUUUCCAGGAUGAGAAUGAGAGACUGAUUACCCAACAUAUCAAAUAUGAAUGGUGCCCUGUUCAUUGCUCCUCCUGCAAAGGAUUAGGGCAUAAGGCAAUUGAAUGCAGAAAACAAACUGUAAAUGGUCAGAAGAAGACGAAGAUGGUGUGGAGACCCAAGAGUACACAGCCUAACAUGGAGGAAAAGAAGGAUGAUCAUAUUGAGAAUGAAAACUUGAAAGAGGUUACCCUACUGGACACCCCUGUGAGUCAGACUACUACAGAGAAGGUUGAUAUCCUGAGGACAGAAUUACAUGAAACCCAGAAAAAACUUAAGGAUAACCUACUGGAUGAAGGACUUAUAACCAAGGAAAAGACAAUCACCAGAGAGUAUCAUCUUAAGUUGAAGGCACUUACUCUAAUGAGAAGGCAACAAACCAAGAUGGAAUGGAUAUCAGAGAGUGAUCAGUGUUGGAACACGGGUUUACGCCUAUGUCGUACUAAGCCGUGUUCGUUUUAUGACAGCAACAAGAAGAAGAAAAGAAAACUCCAACUCCAUGGUAGUAUGUUAAGGAAGAAGAAGAAGGAGCAAGAAACCCAUCCAAAGUUUCCAAAUUUUGAGUCCAAAAACGCAGCAGCAACUUCAAGGAACAUCCGGAAGGCAUUGCAAAGAAAGUUCGGCGUUGGAAUGUUGAUGUUACCUUACGUCUUAGGAAUCCACAGAAUCAAACGGUUAGCGAUUCCGUGAAGAAACGAUGGAGAUAUGCUCAAAAUACCGCAGGCUGUCCAAUUGUGACGGGAAUGACAAAGUUGGUGAAUUUCGAUAUUGUUUUCACUCCCGCUCAUCCGUAAGGUUUCGGCCGAUGAUUUCCAGGUCUGUACCUUUGCGUUAGACUUGUCGAAUCAUUCAUCACAUACAUACAUGAACAUAUAUGUUAUUCCAUAUGUUAAAACCAUUCCAAAAUAUAUAUGUGAUGCAUAUAUAAGUUAUCUAUAUGUUGAGAUUAAAAUACACCAAAUCCAUAAAGUUAAUAUACACAUAAGUAAAUAUAAACUUUGGAAAUCAACCCAACAAUAUGUAUAUGUUAAUCAAAGGUGCUUAAAAGACUUAAAGAAGUAUUUUGGACACUCAAAAUAUCAAGAGAAAGAUUCGCAGACCCAAACGGUCGACGCAAACGGUCGACCGUCGCGUUAAACAUCGAAAUGGACCCCGACUGUCAGACAAACGGUCGACCGUCGCCUGUCCAGCCAAGUGCCGCCGUCCACCUCCAGUCAACAACGGUCGACCGCCAGUCAACCGCGGUCGACCGUCACGGUGAUCCGCCAAUCCGACCUGAUGAAGACCAAGGUCGACCGUCGCGCCAAACGGUCGGCCGUUCCAAGCCCCGUAGCUUAAUUAAAU